AUGGCAAGAGUGAACACUGAAGAAUUCAAGUUUGGUAAGACCAAGAUUUUCUUCAAGGACAAAGAAAUUGAAGCUUUGAAGAAGAAACUUGCUGAAGAAAUUGCAAAGAGAGAAGCCGCUGAGAAGGCACUUUCUGAGAUGAAAAUCAAGAACGUCGACUUGGAAGCUUUUAGGGCUGAUAUGAAGUCACAAGAAGACCCAAAACACAUUGAGGAACUUCAAGGUGAUAUCAAGAGAGGAAAGGAAGACUUGAGCAAGUUAACCAAUGAGUACAAGAAACUUAAAGCCGAUAAUCAAAGACUCCAAGAUCAAAUUACUGAACACAAAGCGACUAUUGUUAAGAAGGAUAGUGUCAUCACUGAGUUGAACAAAGACAUUGAAAAUAAGGAAGGCGAAAUUUCUGACUUGAAGAACAAGCUAGAAGCCGAAGAAAACAACUCAAAGGAUCUUGAGACAAUUGCACGAAAAGGAAGACGACAUUGCUUAUUUGGAGAAGGAGGUUGUUGUGUUGAAAGAUCAAAACACUCGACUUGA